AUGCUUCUCACUAAGGUCUUAGUUUCCUUACAACUCUUACAUAGUCUUUCAGCACAACCAAUUCCAUCAUCAAAACUUCUGGUCAAGAGAGCACCAGUUGGGGGCAAACAUAUUGGUAGUCCAAUUGAUCCCUCCAUGAUUGAUGAAGAGGGACUUGCAGCACUUAAUUUAGGUUCUUCUAGAGAGGCUGAAGAAGCAAAUGCCACAGAAAAAAUUGAGCCUGUUCAUGAAAAGGGAUCUCACAGCAAGGAAGUAGAGGAUCUUGCCUCUUCAAGUGAUUUAGAGGAAUUGAGGAAAUUCUUCACUGGUAAAUCACUUGAAGAAUUUGAUGAUGUGUAUUCAAGUGAAAAUCUGAAGAAAGAGAAUUUUGACAUUUCAAAAUUGAGUCAAUUUCAGAGCAAAAUGUUAUCUGAAAUCAAUGAAGCCACAAGUGUUCAAGGCAGGAAUCCAAUCAAUACCUUCACAAGAUGUCAAAAUUUAAUGGAUAAACUUGAUGAAGAACAGAAGUUUUUUCUUUGGGCGAUAGCGUUUGUGGACUCGCAAGAUGAUCUCUCUAGACAUGAAAUUAAAAGUCUGUAUGAUCUGUUGGCUGGAAGUUUCAAAAAUCCAGAAAUGAAUGAAGAGGUGUUGGAGGCCAUUGAACUUAUCAAUCUUCAAUUCAAAAGGAAGGCUCAAGAUUAA